CGACCGUACCCCAUUAGCAGCAAGAUGACUUGGGUAACAAUAUUCCCACUGCACUGAUUUCGAUUGGAGACAUUAACCCGAGACAAGCCGGUUUCAAUUCGUAGCCAUCAUCUAAUCUAGGUUAUUUUUAUGGUUCAGUCCUUCGCUAAUUCGUCCUGAGCUUGCUUCAACGCACUUCUCACUUCUCAAUCAACCUCCACACUGCACCAUAUCUAUAAACUAUAUAAAUUUUCCAAGAUUUUGCUUGAAAGUGCAAAGGUAGAAGAUGGUAAUAAACUAAUAAUGUCAGAUUAUACGUACGUGUACAAAGUGUAAUACUCAUCUGCAGACUCGAUGGCUAGCAGAAAGUUAGUUCGAGAUUUUUUGUUCUCCACAAGACAACCCUUUUUUCAUAAGCUAUUAGAGCCUCAUCAGGGAUAUAGAUACGAGAGCAAUCAACAACUCAGUGUAUUCAAUGAGUUUUCUCAGAAAUUAAAAGGCAAUGUUAACAGUAACAAGGAAUUUCAACAGUCGGUCAAGGAUCUGAAAGAGAAAGCAGAGGAGCUGAAAGGAGUCAAAGAAGAUUUUAAAGCAAGAACAAAGCAGACUACUGAGAAACUUUACAAGCGUGUGGAUGGUGUCUGGACAGAGGCUGAGUGUACGGCUAAAAAGGCAUAUGCUAACAUGGGGGAAAAGGUGUCUGCUGCCAAGGAAGAGGUCAAAGAAACUUUUGGAUUCAGGAAGCAAGAGUCUAAAGGGUCAAAUUGUAAUUUCGACAAUUCCAGCUCAAAACCCAAAGAUGAAACAGUCUAUGGAAAGUUUAAGGAUGCUGCUUCUUCAAUUUCUUCAAAGGUCUCCCCAUCCAUACAAAAAUUAAAGGAAGCAAAAGUAGUUGAUUUAGCUAAGAAAGGGUAUGGUAUUAUCGUGGAUGAGUUGAAAGGUACUGCAAGAAAGAGGAAACACCUUGAAGCCCCCAUAGAUUCUGGCCCCAAAGUGAGCGUUCAGCAUAGCAGGAGGACCGAUGUCACUAUUUUGCCCUCAAAAGAAUCCAUAUGGAGUAGGAAAUGGGAAGCUUUCAAGGAAAAAAUGCAAGGUCACCGCAUCUUUAAGCACAUCAGGGGGGCAAGUGAACCUGUUGUUACAAAGAGUCAAGAGAUUGCAGAAGAUAUUCGGGAAAGAUGGGAGACCAGUGAUCAUCCAGUGGUAAACAAAAUCCAAGAUUUAAAUGAAACCGUCUUUGGGGAAUCAAGCGCUGCAUUGUCAUUUAAGGAAAUACGCCGCAGAGAUCCGACAUUCUCAUUACCAGAUUUUGUUUCUGAGGUCCAAGAAGUUAUCAGACCAGUCCUUGAGGCGUUCUAUAAAGGUGACAUCAAAGUACUUCAAAAAUAUUGUAGCUCCACGAUGGUCGAGAGGUGUAAAGCAGAGCAUAGGACUUUCAUGUCCCAGGGUUAUGUUUUUGAUAACAAAAUCCUUCAUAUUUCUGAAGCCGAAGUCCGUGAAACAAAAUUGAUGGGAGAAACUCCUAUCAUCAUUUUAGCGUUCCAAACACAGCAAGUCUAUUGUCUACGCGAUAAGUUGGGUUCCAUAACUGAAGGGGGAAAGGAUGCAAUUCACACAGUGUACUAUGCAUGGGCAAUGGAACUUGUGGAUACAGAAGAUGUUCAUCCUCCUCUAUGGCGGCUUAGAGAGAUGCAACAGUUUGGGGUCGCCGCCCUUAUCUAACACCAUUGUUUUUAUUCUUGUUGUUUACGUCUCUUUAAGCUGUUGUAUUUUCUUUGAGUGGAGAAAAUUUUGGCGGAUAAACAUUUUUUUGUUCUUCAUAACUGAGCUGUUGAGUCCAGUUUGGGGGUAGCCAGCUAUUUGUAGGUAGUGGGGUCAAGUUCAAAUCCCUCCCUUUUGUCUCAGAUGUGAUGCGCCAAAGACAAAAAUGAAUAAGAUGAAGUCUCCUGUCUCUACUAUCCAUAUAGAUAUAAUGCAGGUUAUUGAAUCUUGGCUAAUGGGGAUGAUGAGGUGUUAUGUUUUUUAUUUUCCAUAAUUCUUUUGCUCCAGUUAUUUUCCAUAUGUAAUAAACGGAAAAGUUUCCCUCCAUCAGAGCUUUACAGUUAAAUUUUAAACGCAAUGUAUGAUAGAAUGUGGUUAUGAAUGGGAGUGGCAAAACGGAAAAUAGAA